CCAAUUUCAUUCUCUACCAUGCGAGGAGAAAUCCUCUGAUCUGCAAUAGAGAGAGAAAGAGGGUUUUCGCAGCGAUCUCUAAAUCUGAUUCGCGCCUUGAACACCCAGUAACUGAAAAAGACUGAGCGCUAUUGCACUAUUAUCAUUACCAUCGCUAUUCGAAGUUUAAUCAGCAAACAAUUCCUCUGAAACCCUAGAAGCAACAAAUUCCACAUUCCCCACCACCGCCAUGGAUAUUCGGUUCCCUUAUUCUCCGGCGGAGGUCGCCAAAGUCCGAAGGGUUCAGUUCGGAAUUAUCAGCCCCGACGAGAUUAGACAAAUGUCUGUGGUGCAAAUUGAGCACGGCGAGACUACGGAGAGGGGGAAACCCAAAGUUGGAGGGUUGAGCGACCCUCGCCUUGGAACCAUUGAUAAGAAGUUGAAGUGUGAGACUUGCACGGCUGGUAUGGCCGAGUGCCCGGGGCAUUUCGGUCACUUGGAGCUGGCUAAGCCAAUGUUUCACAUUGGAUUUAUGAAGACGGUUCUCUCCAUAAUGCGUUGUGUUUGCUUCAACUGCUCCAAGAUUUUAGCCGAUGAGAAUGACCAUAAGUUUAAACAGGCUACGAAGAUUAGGAAUCCGAAAAAUAAGCUGAAGAAGAUUUUGGAUGCUUGUAAGAACAAAAGCAAGUGUGAAGGUGGUGACGAGAUUGACCUUGCUGGUGGUCACGACACAGACGAGCCGGUUAAAAAGAGCCGUGGCGGCUGUGGUGCUCAGCAGCCUAAGAUCACCAUCGAUGGUAUGAAGAUGACUGCAGAGUACAAAUCUCAAAGGAAGAAGAGUGAUGAUCAGGAACAGCUUCCUGAACCUGGGGAAAGGAAGCAGCUUCUUACUGCAGAAAGGGUUCUUGGUGUUCUAAAAAGAAUAAGUGAUGAGGACUGCAAAUUAUUGGGCUUGGAUCCCAAGUAUGCCCGACCAGACUGGAUGAUUUUACAAGUUCUCCCAAUUCCACCUCCACCUGUGAGACCUUCUGUUAUGAUGGACACAUCCUCAAGGAGUGAGGAUGAUUUGACCCAUCAGUUGGCCAUGAUCAUCAGGCACAAUGAGAAUUUGAAGAGACAAGAGAGGAAUGGAUCACCUGCCCAUAUUAUACUUGAGUUUGCUCAGUUGUUGCAGUUCCACAUAGCCACAUAUUUUGACAAUGAGUUGCCUGGGUUGCCAAGAGCUACCCAGAGAUCCGGAAGGCCUAUCAAAUCAAUAUGUAGCAGGCUCAAGGCAAAGGAAGGUCGGAUUAGAGGAAACUUGAUGGGAAAAAGAGUUGAUUUUUCUGCCCGAACAGUGAUUACACCAGAUCCAACCAUUAACAUCGAUCAAUUGGGGGUACCAUGGAGUAUCGCUCUGAACCUUACUUAUCCUGAGACUGUGACUCCAUAUAACAUUGAAAGGUUGAAGGAACUUGUUGAGUAUGGACCCCAUCCUCCACCUGGAAAAACUGGUGCUAAGUACAUCAUUCGUGAUGAUGGGCAAAGACUUGAUCUCAGAUAUUUGAAGAAAAGUAGUGAUCAUCAUUUAGAGCUUGGGUACAAGGUCGAGCGUCAUUUGAAUGACGGAGACUUUGUUCUCUUCAAUCGUCAGCCUAGUCUUCAUAAAAUGUCUAUCAUGGGGCAUAGAAUCAAAAUCAUGCCUUAUUCUACGUUCCGGCUUAAUCUGUCUGUAACUUCCCCUUAUAAUGCUGAUUUUGAUGGGGAUGAAAUGAAUAUGCAUGUUCCUCAGUCAUUUGAAACAAGAGCAGAGGUGUUGGAGCUUAUGAUGGUGCCUAAAUGCAUUGUGUCACCUCAAUCAAACAGGCCUGUAAUGGGAAUUGUGCAAGAUACACUCUUAGGAUGCAGAAAAAUCACAAAGAGAGAUACCUUCAUCACAAAGGAUGUUUUUAUGAACAUUUUGAUGUGGUGGGAAGAUUUUGAUGGGAAAGUUCCGACUCCUACAAUAUUGAAGCCAGAGCCAUUGUGGACUGGGAAACAAGUUUUCAAUCUCAUCAUUCCUAAACAAAUAAAUUUAACAAGAGUUUCAAGCUGGCACAAUGAUAGUGAACGGGGAUCCAUAACCCCUGGGGAUACCUUGGUCAGAAUUGAGAAGGGAGAAUUACUUACUGGAACUCUUUGCAAAAAGACACUUGGUACAUCUACUGGAAGUCUAAUUCACGUCAUCUGGGAAGAGGUUGGCCCUGAUGCAGCUCGUAAAUUUCUUGGCCAUACUCAGUGGCUUGUAAACUACUGGCUUUUGCAGAAUGCGUUUAGCAUGGGAAUUGGUGAUACAAUUGCUGAUGCUUCGACUAUGGAGGUUAUUAACCAGACUAUAUCAAAGGCUAAGGAGGAAGUGAAGCAACUCAUUAGGAAGGCUCAAGAAAAAAAUCUGGACCCUGAACCUGGUCGGACAAUGAUGGAUACCUUUGAAAAUAGAGUGAAUCAGGCACUGAAUAAAGCUCGAGAUGAUGCUGGAAACAGUGCACAAAGAAGUUUAUCCGAGAGCAAUAAUCUAAAAGCAAUGGUCACAGCAGGCUCCAAAGGAAGUUUUAUCAAUAUAUCUCAGAUGACUGCUUGUGUGGGACAGCAGAAUGUUGAGGGGAAGAGAAUUCCAUAUGGGUUUAUAGAUCGGACACUGCCCCACUUUACAAAAGAUGAUUAUGGGCCUGAAAGUCGUGGCUUUGUGGAGAACUCAUAUCUCCGUGGACUUACCCCUCAGGAGUUCUUUUUCCAUGCCAUGGGAGGUCGAGAAGGUCUUAUUGAUACUGCAGUGAAGACUUCUGAAACUGGGUACAUCCAGAGACGGCUUGUGAAGGCUAUGGAAGACAUCAUGGUUAAGUAUGAUGGGACAGUUAGGAACUCUUUGGGAGAUGUUAUACAAUUUCUUUAUGGAGAAGAUGGUAUGGAUGCAGUUUGGAUAGAAACACAGAAGUUGGAUUCACUGAAAAUGAAGAAGUCAGAAUUUGAGAGGGCCUUUAAGUAUGAGUUUGAUGAUGAAAACUGGAGGCCCACUUACAUGCUAGAAGAGCCUAUAGAAGACUUGAAAACCAUCAGAGAGUUUCGCAAUGUGUUUGAGGCUGAAGUUCAAAAGCUUGAAAAUGAUAGACUUCAACUUGCAACUGAGAUAGCCACUACUGGUGACAGUUCUCUGCCACUACCUGUUAAUCUAAGGAGGCUUAUCUGGAAUGCUCAGAAGAUGUUCAAGGUUGACUUCCGAAGGCCUUCUGAUAUGCAUCCAAUGGAAGUCGUGGAAGCUAUUGAUAAGCUACAAGAGAGACUUAAGGUUGUUCCAGGUGAAGAUCCCUUGAGUCAAGAAGCUCAGAAGAAUGCUACCCUCUUGUUCAAUAUUUUGCUCCGCAGCACUUUUGCUAGUAAACGUGUUUUGGAAGAACAUAGGCUCUCUCGUGAGGCAUUUGAGUGGCUAGUGGGAGAAAUAGAAUCAAGGUUCCUGCAGUCACUUGUAGCCUCUGGGGAAAUGAUUGGUUGUGUAGCAGCGCAAUCAAUUGGUGAGCCUGCUACUCAGAUGACUCUCAACACCUUCCACUAUGCUGGUGUUAGUGCUAAGAACGUUACACUUGGUGUUCCGAGGUUAAGGGAAAUCAUUAAUGUUGCAAAGAGGAUCAAAACACCUUCUUUGUCGGUAUUUUUGAAUCCCGAGACUGGCAAGACUAAAGAAAGGGCCAAGGGUGUGCAGUGUGCUUUAGAAUAUACUACUCUUAGGAGUGUGACUCAGGCUACAGAGGUUUGGUAUGAUCCAGACCCCCAGAGUACAAUAAUUGAAGAAGAUGUUGAUUUUGUGAAGUCUUACUUUGAAAUGCCCGAUGAAGAAGUUCCUCUUGAUAAAAUGUCACCUUGGUUGCUUCGCAUAGAACUGAAUCGUGAAAUGAUGGUGGAUAAGAAGUUGAGUAUGGCUGACAUUGCUGAGAAGAUUAACCUUGAAUUUGAUUCUGAUCUGCAAUGUAUUUUUAAUGAUGACAAUGCUGAAAAGCUUAUACUUCGUAUCCGUAUUAUGAAUGAUGAAGCUCCCAAGGGAGAGAUUCAGGAUGAGUCGGCUGAAGAUGAUGUUUUCUUAAAGAAAAUAGAAAGCAACAUGCUGACUGAAAUGACCUUACGUGGCAUUCCAGACAUCAACAAAGUUUUUAUAAAACCCACCAAAGUUCAGAAAUUUGACGAGAUUGAAGGUUUUAAAACUCAUGAGGAAUGGGCACUUGAUACAGAAGGUGUCAAUCUUUUAGCUGUGAUGUGCCAUGAGCAUGUUGAUGCCAAGAGGACCACAAGCAACCAUUUGAUUGAAGUUAUCGAAGUUCUUGGAAUUGAGGCAGUCCGAAAAGCUCUGCUUGAUGAACUGCGUGUUGUCAUUUCUUUUGAUGGUUCUUAUGUGAACUACAGGCAUCUGGCUAUUCUUUGUGAUACCAUGACUUAUCGGGGGCAUUUGAUGGCUAUUACACGUCAUGGUAUCAACAGGAAUGAUACCGGGCCAAUGAUGAGAUGCUCAUUUGAAGAGACAGUUGACAUUCUCCUUGAUGCUGCAGUAUAUGCCGAGACUGAUUACUUGAGGGGAGUCACUGAAAAUAUUAUGUUAGGUCAGCUUGCCCCUAUUGGAACUGGAGAAUGUGCUCUGUAUCUAAAUGAUGAAAUGCUUAAGAAUGCUAUUGAGCUCCAGCUACCUAGCUAUAUGGAUGGUCUUGAUUUUGGCAUGACGCCUGCUCGUUCCCCAAUUUCUGGAACUCCCUAUCAUGAAGGCUUGAUGUCUCCAAGUUAUUUGUUGAGCCCAAAUCUGCGCCUGUCACCAACUAGUGAUGCACAGUUUUCACCUUAUGUUGGUGGAAUGGCUUUCUCUCCUACUUCAUCCCCGGGGUACAGUCCAUCAUCACCGGGAUAUAGUCCAUCAUCACCUGGAUAUAGCCCUACCUCUCCUGGCUACAGCCCGACCUCGCCUGGCUACAGCCCCACCUCUCCAGGCUACAGCCCUACCUCUCCCACGUAUAGUCCUAGUUCUCCAGGAUAUAGUCCUACAAGUCCAGCUUAUUCUCCUACUAGUCCAUCAUACUCUCCCACCUCACCAAGCUACAGCCCAACUUCUCCAAGCUACAGCCCCACCUCCCCAAGCUAUAGCCCCACCUCACCAAGCUACAGCCCCACCUCACCUGCCUACAGCCCAACUUCACCUGCCUACAGCCCAACAUCCCCUGCAUACAGUCCUACUUCUCCUUCAUAUAGCCCAACAUCACCUUCAUAUAGUCCUACUUCUCCUUCAUAUAGCCCAACAUCACCUUCAUACAGUCCUACAUCACCUUCAUACAGUCCCACAUCACCUGCGUACAGCCCCACCUCUCCUGGUUAUAGCCCCACAUCACCUAGUUAUAGCCCCACUUCUCCCAGUUAUAGUCCUACUUCUCCCAGUUACAAUCCACAGUCUGCAAAGUAUAGUCCUUCCUUGGCAUAUUCUCCAAGUAGCCCUAGAUUGUCUCCGUCAAGCCCGUAUAGUCCAACAUCUCCAAACUACAGCCCAACAUCUCCAUCAUAUUCUCCAACAUCUCCAUCUUAUUCUCCAUCAAGCCCAACAUACAGCCCCAGCAGCCCAUAUAAUAAUUCUGGUGCAAGCCCGGACUAUAGCCCAAGCUCUCCACAAUACAGCCCCAGUACGGGAUACUCACCAAGUCAACCUGGUUAUUCACCAUCAUCAACCAGCCAAUACACCCCACAAACAAGUGACAAGGAUGAUAGGAGCACUCGCUGAGUGAUAUGAACGUGACUGCUGCAAAUUCAAGCAUCACUGGAAAAAUAUCCAAGGAUGAGGAGGUCGGGGAAACACGAGGCAACAAGGAAAUGACUAUGAUCAAGUCUAUUUGGUUUUCAUAGUAUUUAUUUGCCUAAAGUAUUAGAUUUCCUGUUGAGAAUUAGCAGCAGUUUGUGGAACUCUGAUUUCAAAUUCUGCUUUUAUAAUUGAACAUUUUGAGCCUGGCUUUAUUUUCUGUUGGUGUCUUUGCACCACUUCUAGUUCAUGUUCAAUGUUAAGCCUUUAAUGGUGGAUCAUUGUAAAAUAUAUCUGUUUGUAACAAAUGUAAGAUACGGACUUUAAGCAAAGUGAU